AAAUUUGGCGACACUGCAAUCGCGGUCACACUGGGGAGCAGAGCGGAAAAGCUGCUGGCGGAAAAACAAUAAAUGACACAAUAAGAAGUAUAAUCAAAAAUAAACAAAGAGGAAACAAUAAACAAUAUACAACACAAAAUUAAUAAAAGAAGAACAGCGGAGGCCGCAGCACACACAUACACUACAAGAGAGCAACCGAAAAGUAUGCAGCAAAAAUGUGAAUAACUACUACCGAAAGAGGAAUCAACAACAACAAAACAGCAGCAGCAUCACACGCACUCUGUUGUUGUUAUAUAAGUGUGUGUGCGAGUGCAGGUGUGUGUGCUUGCGUAGUAGUAAAAAUGUAGCAGAACAACAACGGCUACAACAAAAGCGAAAAAAAAAACAAAAUGAGACAACGAAUCUAAGAAAAUUUUUGAUACCACAAAUUUUGUUAACAAAAAAAAAAGGAAAGAGGCAAGAAACGAGAAACAAAGGAAAAAGAAGGAAACAUAAAAGAAUAGCAACAGAAAUAAGCAGCUGGCAGACAGAGAAAUUAUUUGCCCCAAGAAAUAUACCACAAAAAGGAAAAGAGAAAUCCAGAGAGAGCGUCCAUCAUCCACCAAUACAAAUUCAGAUGAACAUGCUACACAGUUUCAGCGGCGGCGACGUCAGCAGCGCGGAGACCGAACUGAAGGAGCGGCUGAUAGCCAGCGUAAAGAAGGAGGUCAAGCAGCUGAUGGAGGAGGCGGUGACCAAGAAGUAUGUCCACGAGGAGAGCAGCUCGGUGACCUCGCUGUGCGGCGCCGUGGAGGCCUGUCUGAGUCAUGGUCUGCGGCGGAGGGCCCUGGGUCUGUUCAAGACCUCCUCGACGACGGCGCUGAUCCAGAAGAUAGCCAAGAUCUGCCCGGAGGCGGACUACGUGAGCAGGCGACUCCUCGAACUGGAACUGGCCCAGGAGUCGAAUGCGGUGAGCGGCAAGCGCUCCUCCUCCAGCAGCGAUAGCAUCAUCAAGCCAAAGCUUUUGAGCAAGGGCAGCGGGAGCAGCAACUCGGUGACCACCAUCAACAUGGUCUCCAAUGGAACGGGAUCGGGCUCCGGAGGGGUCGGGGCAGGUGGAGUUGGAGCCAUUGCCCCACUUGGCAAAUACCUGUGGAUACGACUGGCCCUCUACGAGAAACGGCUGGCCAAGAUUAUCGAGCAUUUGGUCAGCAAUGCCAAUAGCUACUACGAUCGCGAGGCGCUGGUCGCCGAUCCGGACUAUGGCUCCAUCCUCAGCUCUCUGCUGGUGGGUCCUUGUGCCCUGGAGUUCACACGGGCCAAGACCGCCGACCACUACUGGUCCGAUCCCUGUGCCGAUGAGCUGGUGCAGCGGCACAGGAUCAGCUCGGGCAACCGGACGCCGCCCACCACCCACCGGCCCAUCAUCAACUUCAAGCGCAGCCUGCACACCAGUUCGGAGGACACGAGCAGCGGCUCCUUCAAGGCCUGCUCGCCGGCGAGCGUGGCCAAGGACUAUGUGGAGUCAUUGCACCAGAACUCGCGCACCACGCUGCUCUACGGGAAGAACAACGUGCUGGUGCUGCCCAAGGAUGUGUCCGAGCCGAUGCCCGGCUAUCUCAGCCUGCACCAGAGCAUCCAAUCGCUGACGAUCAAGUGGACACCGAACCAGCUGAUGAACGGCUACAACGACGGCGAUGGCGGCGACAAGAGCUUCUACUGGAGCUAUGCCCUCAACAUCAACGUGGACGAGAUCGUCUAUGUGCACUGUCACCAGAAUCGCGGUGGCGACACUGGCGGCACCAUCAUCCUGGUGGGUCAGGAUGGCGUCCAGCGACCGCCCAUUCAUUUCCCCGAGGGCGGACACCUUCAGGCGUUCCUCAGCUGCCUGGAAACGGGUCUCCUUCCGCACGGCCAACUGGAUCCACCGCUCUGGUCGCAGCGUGGCAUUGGCAAGCUCUUCCCGUGGCCAAAAAGUGUGCGGCGUCACAUCCUGCCCUCGGUGAUGGAGGCAGGUGGCUCUGCGGCCGACGAGACGCCCAUCGACUAUGUGUUCCGCGUGGUCAGCAAGUGCCAGCACGAGGAGUUCCUGGCCAGUCAUCCGAUCCUGGAGCUGGGACGGUCGAGUCCGCGACGGAAACAUCUGGGCAGCUGCUCCACCACCGGCAGCAGCGACUGCUCCAGCAAGAGCCUCUCCAUCGACCAGAGCAGCUGCGAAACGCCACUGAUCCAGGCCAGCCAGAGCACCAGCAUCGAACUGGUCUGCUCCACGAUGCGCAGGCAGAUCAUCUCGAGGGCCUUCUACGGCUGGCUGGCCUACUGCCGCCACCUCUCCACGGUGCGCACCCACUUGUCCGGCCUGGUCAACGGUCGCAUCAUGCCGGAUCUGGCUGCCGAUGAGGAGGGUUUGACCCGCGAAAAGUGGCUGGCGAUGCACGAGGAUGGCGUGGUCACCGGCGAACUCGAGCUCUAUCGCCUGGUCUACUUCGGUGGCGUGCAGCCCGAUCUGCGCAAGGAUGUGUGGCCCUAUCUGCUGGGCCACUAUGCCUUCGGCUCCACGCCGGAGGAUCGCCGGCAGCAGGACGAGACGUGCAAGCACUACUACGAGACGACGAUGAGCGAGUGGCUGGCGGUGGAGGCCAUUGUGCGUCAGCGGGAGAAGGAGAAAACGGCUCUGGCAGUGGCGAAAUUAAGUGCCGAGCAGGCACGCCUGGCGGCCCAGACCUCGAACUCCCUCACGCCCCAACAGAAACUCACCAACGGCAGUCGCCAAUUGGAAUUGGAGCAACGAAAUGGCGAGGAGGAUCAGGAACACAUCAUCUUGGACGAGGGCGAGAACGAUGUAUUCGAUGACAAUGACUUUUCGGAUAUAUCCGAUCCAGGGGAUCUGUUCGACGAGCCAGCAUUGGGCCAGGAAGCCGAAGAGCAGGAGCAGGACCAGGAGCAGGAGCAGAAGAAUCCAGGAGAAGAAGAGGAGUUAGUGGAAAAGCAUGAGGAUCAAGAGGACCGCGGAAUGCCGCGACUCAGCGAGCAACUGGUGCUGGAGUUCCAGAACAUAGACAACAUGGAACCGCUGCGCUUGCAGGAGAAUUGUUUCGCCGAUUCCGAGAACGAGAACGAUCUGGGAUUGGGUCUGGAUGGCAGCGGCAACAUCCUGCUGCUGAGCAUCAAGAGUUCGCCCUCGACGAGCAGCUAUGAGACGGUGGGCAACGAAUUCGUUGACAUGGCGGAGGCGGAGGCCAAGCUGGAGGAUGAGGAAGAGGAGGAGGAAGAGGAGGAGGAGCUGCCGCCGCCGGGUGAGCUGAGCAAGUUCCACAGCGCCGACGAUGUGAGGCUGGACAGCCAGCAGCAGCAGCAGGAGGAGGAGGAACUAUCGCAACCGGCCACGGCGGUGAUAAUAACCGAGGCAGCAUCGCUGGACGCUUUGGACGACGAUGCCACCGAGGAGUUUACCUCGCGGAAGACCAGCCUGAUGUCGCCCCUCAACGAGGACAUUACGGUGGUGGCCUCACUGGACGCAUUGCAGGAGCCCAAGUCCGCCUGCGUAUCGCCGGCCAGCUCCAAUGGCGGUGUCUAUAGCGUCGAAUUGCUGGAACAGUUUGGCCUCAAUCUGCACCGGAUCGAGAAGGAUGUGCAGCGGUGCGACAGGAACUACUGGUACUUCGCCAACGAGAACCUGGACAAGCUGCGCAACGUGAUCUCCACGUAUGUGUGGGAGCACCUGGACGUGGGCUACAUGCAGGGCAUGUGCGACCUGGUGGCUCCGCUCCUGGUCAUCUUCGACGACGAGUCGCUCAGCUACAGCUGCUUCUGCAAGCUCAUGGAGCGCAUGAUCGAGAACUUCCCCAGCGGCGGGGCCAUGGACAUGCACUUUGCGAACAUGCGAUCCCUCAUACAGAUCCUCGACUCGGAGAUGUACGACCUGAUGGACUCGAAUGGCGACUACACGCACUUCUACUUCUGCUACCGCUGGUUCCUGCUCGACUUCAAGAGGGAGCUCGUCUACGACGACGUCUUCGCCACCUGGGAGGUGAUCUGGGCGGCCAAGCACAUCGCCUCCGGCCACUUCGUCCUCUUUUUGGCCCUGGCCCUGCUGGAGACCUACCGCGACAUCAUCCUGUCCAACAGCAUGGACUUCACCGAUGUCAUCAAGUUCUUCAAUGAGAUGGCGGAGCGCCACAACGCCCAGUCGAUCCUGCAGCUGUCCAGGAGUCUGGUCCUCCAGCUGCAGACCAUCAUCGAGAACAAGUAAACGCAGAUGAAGCCAUCGUCAUCAGUCAUCCAUCGUCAGUUCCUGGAGACCUCAGUUCCCGAUCAGUAUUGAGCAUGCGAUGUACUAAGUAGCUAGCACCUAGAGCAUAGAAUCGUAGAAUCGGAGUUAAAAAACGCUUGGGGGAUACAUAACCAAACACAUACCAAAUACCAUAUACAUUAAACCAUAUACCACAAACCAUAUAACACAUACCAUAUAACAUAUACCAUAUACCAUAUACCAUAUAACAUACAAUGCACCCUAGAGAUUGCAAUUAGCUGAGGUUCUCGUCGAGGUUUUUUAGGGAGGUUUCCCGUAAUCCGCAAUGGUUUUAUAUAUAUAUAUUUAUAUAUAUAUAUAUUUUUUUUUUUUUUUGGAAACGGCUGGGAAUCGCUUAAAGAAAUUUAGCAAAUUUAAGGAAAUUGUAGUGACCUGAAAAACAAAAGCGAGAAAAUCAAGUGGAAAACGAACAACGUAAAAGAAAAAAAAGAUAAACUAUUUAUACUUAUACAAUAUACAUGCAUAUACCGAUUAUAUUAUAUACAGGCAGUUGCAUAUUUAUACGUUUUGUAUAUUUCGAGAGAACCAGGGGGUGGAUCACGUAUAUGGAUAUUGUAUUAGAUAUCGUCUAUAUAUGGCAAUGCUGGGCGGCUGCGACUGCGGCCAACUGUUGUUAAUGUUAUGUUAUUGAUUUGUCAAAUGAUCAGAUAUAUUAUAUAUACACACACCUAUAUUAAAAUAUAUUCGAGGGGAAGAUGUGAAAAGCUCUAGUGAGGUGUUUAAAAUCUUUUUAAAUCAUUGGGCGUUUUGAAACAUUUGAAAGUAUUGAAGUGGAAACUUGCAAUUGCUUAAAAAACUGUAUAGAAAUGUAAGGACUUGAUUUCGUUUUCGGGAGAUUUAAAAUCUCUAGAGCUUUUCAAUGGCACCCCUGAAUCAAAUUGCAAUUGUUCGCUAAGUCGAUUUGGUUUUCUACUAUUUUUCCUUUGUAGCUGCAAGCAUUGAGAAAAAACAUUUUGUAUUUGAGUGGCCCGACAGGUGGAUCCUGGGGUUUUAUAUCUAUAGGUGAAUCGAACAAUUGCCGACACAAACACACACACUCACACACGAAAACCCACAGAAAUACAUACAUAUGUUACGAAAUUUGUUAUUGACGGCUGCGAAACGUUGAGUUUGUUUGUAUUAGCAGAAUUAAUAUGCAACGCAAAUAUAUAUAGAUAUAUAUUAAACCAAUAUUUAUACAAAUAUUAACCCAAGCAUAAAUAUAGAGUUCGGAAUGUGUUAGCCGUGUAUAUUGUUAUAAUCGAAACCGAUUCGUUGCUGUUCUCAGGCAAAACUACCUAGUUUCUAUCCAGUUUUUCGUUGUUUUUUGGUAAGUGCAGGCGCACCAAAAAUCCCUCCACUGGGCUUAUAUACAACUUAUAUAGAACUAUAUAGAGCAAACACUUUGUGUGGAAUCUAAGUUAAUGCGAGUAGCACGCUUUUUGUGUAUGAAAAACGAUAAACAAAAAAAUCGUCAAAAAAUCGAAAAAUGCAAAAAAAAAACUUAAUGUGAUUUCUUGUUGCUUCUUUGAAUAUUGAUAUUUUUGUAAGCGCUAAAACGUAUAUAUAUAUAUAUAUAUAUAUAUGUAUAUAUAUAUAUUAUACACAUAACGAAAGAGAAGGAGUUGGCAGGCAACAGAAAGAGACGGAGAAUGAGGGAAAGAGGCAGCGAGAGAUAUAUUUUACACUUGACUGGGGGAAAACAAAGAGAGGGAUAUGCAAGUCAGUCGAGUCCAACCAAAAUUUUGGCCACAUUUUUGAUACACAUAUUCGACAAGUGAUCUACUGAUCCAUCACGACGAAAAAACACUAUAAAGAAGUAAAACCCGUAGAGCAAGGCAGAAACUCUCGCUAUAAUAUAUUCUAUCGUAAUCAAGCUAAGCUACAUAUAUAUUUAUACCCGUCUGUGUAGAGACGCCACCUAUAGAGCCCGAGCAUAUAGAGUAUUACGUUACCCAAAAUUGUAACCACAUAUAGCAUACGCAUGAAUAUUACGAAUAUCUUAUGUUCCAAGCGAAGCCACAUAAAAAGCCCCCCCAAAAAAAACCAACGAUCAAUGUAUAAUUUACCGAAAAACCAUGUCGAAACGAUAACAAAAUAAAAGGAAAUAUGUAAAAUGUUUACAA